AUGGAACCACGGAAGAGAUAUCAGCGCAAGGUUGUACUCAGGAAUCGUAUGAAGAAAGUUUGGAACAUAGAGAUAACUUAUACAGGAGAUUGUUGUUUUUUCAAGCAUGGUUGGGCGAAAUUCGUAAAGGAUAACUCUUUCAUCAAUGGAGAUACAUUGGUUUUUAUCUAUGACCAUCCUACUGUGUUUGACUUCUUCGUACUUGACUCAUCCGGCUGUGAAAAGAUAAUAAUUGAAGGUGAAGAAGCUCGAGUGAAGGGGUUGAAAAAUAAUAACGGCAAUGAUGUUAAUUUUCAAGAUAAUGCUUUUUUGGUAGAGUUUGAUGUCAAUAUAGUCACUCAAGUUAGGAAAGACGAGGAUGAGAUAGAUGUAGAAGAAGAGAACAAUGAUAGUUUUCUUAAUUUAGGUGGAUCUAAGAGAGCUGCUAAAGAGAAAAAAAGGGAUGUUAGUCCUAAAAAAGGGAAUGUUGAUCUUGGGAAAAAGGAUGCUAGGGCAAAGAAAAGGGAUGUUAGUAAAAAGCAGGGUUGUAAAAAUCCCGCCUAG